AUGGGGAACACCUCAGCGUUCAUAAUAAUCAUCAGUAGCAUGAUAUAUAAUCUAGAAUACGUUAAUCUCGGCAAUCAUCUACGCGAAUUCGACAUUAAUCCUACUGAACGCCCGUUGGAGAAUCUCCGGAGAUUGAGAGCAGUAAGAAAUCUACUCUGGAAGACAACUUAUGGAUUUUCAAAGUGCCUUUCGCUGCCCAUUUUGUUUGCAGUUGCCAAUUUGUGUUUUGAUGCUAUAAUUGGUGUGUAUUACAGCAUCGCCAGGGUAUUGAACUCUCCGGACCCCGAGUUGUCAUUGGAGGCCGUCAAUGGCUUCUUCUGGGCUUCUGUUCAAAUAUGCCCGAUUGUUUUCUUGAGCAUCGCCGUUAAAAGACUUAUCACUGAAAUCAGUGAGACUUCUUUCGCUAUCUAUCGAAUUUACGCAAUAUUUUCGGAAGACGGAGAAUGUUCUGAGAAUGAGAAUGUUAUGUGCUGGAUCCAAGAAUUUUCUCUCGAAUUAUUCCACAAACAAAUACCGUUCACGGCUUAUGGGCUUUUCCCGUUGGAUUGCACUUUGCUUUUCUCAGUUAUCAGCACGUUAGUGACCUACGAAAUCAUCGCAGUGCAAUUUAAAUCCACAGAUAGUGAGGAGUUGACUCCAAAUAUCUCCAGAAUUAUUUCUCCAGAAUCAUCAUAAUUUAAAGCGCUCACAUACCGAGUUAAAUAUAAAUUCUUCACUCCGAUAGUGUUCUCUUAAAAUAAAAUGUAUA